ACCUUCCCUUAGCUGUCAUUCUUCUGGUCGCCAGCUUCGAUGGCGGAGUCGAAUUAGUAAUUCCACUAAAUUACGAUUUUAGUGUGUUUCGUCGUUAAAAAUUAUGAUCGCCGCUGAUACACAACAAAUGUUAUUCCCUACAGUUUCCGACGUUGUGUUUGUCAUAGAAUCCACAGCAAAUCUCGCCGCUCACAAAGACAUCUUAAAGACAUCGUACAUCCAACCAACACUCGAAUAUUUCAAUGGCGGCCCACCUGAUCCCACAGAUUAUGGAUGCGAUUUCAGUUGCACAUUGUACGCACUGGUGGCCUUCCAUUCUGCUGACAUUGCACCAGAGCCUGCUGCACGAUGUUAUGCUCCUACUACGAACAUUCAUACAUUCCUUGGAUGGUUUGAUGGAAUUCCAUUUAUUGGUGGUGCUGGUGAAGGCAAAAGUCACAUAGCAGAAGGUUUAAGUACUGCUAUUCAAGUUUUUGAUGAUUUCAGUAAAAAGAGACAUCCCAGUAUCAAACCACAGUGCCAUUGUAUAUUAGUGACGAAUUCUCCACCAUAUCAGAUCCCAAGCUAUCAAGUAAAGAAUUAUGCUGGUCAUACUUGUGAAGAUCUUGUCAAAAUGAUGUCAAAUAAAGGAAUCAAUUUCUCUAUAAUUUCCCCCAGAAAAAUUCCAACUUUAUUGCGGCUGUUUGAAGAGAGUAACAUGGGUAGCAAUGACCCCCUAUUAAACAUGAAAGACUGUACAAUUGAUCACCGGCACCAAGUUUUACUUAAAGGUUACUCUUUACCAGAACGGUCAAACAGUCCAAGCUUAGAAGAAGAGCGGCAGAUUAUCGACAUGCUACGAAUGAAACUUUCUGUAGCCUUGCCAGGAAGUCAACAACCCCCACAGCCUCUUCCAGCUGGUGCCCCCAUUGUCUCUGGACAACCAGUGAUGCCCAACCAGCCAAACCAUAUGCCAGUGCAACAAGCACCCCCACAACAGCAGCAGCCAACUAUGACACAGCAGCCUAUCCGAGGCAAACACGGCAUGAGCCAAAAAGGCGUUCCUGGCAUUAGUCCCCGCGGAGCAGCUGGAACAACUGGUCCGCAAAUGCCCAACACCCCACCGCAGGGCAUGCAACAGCCCAACAUGUCUCCGCAGAACAUCCCCCCACAAGUAGCAGCUCAGCAACCCCCACCGCCGGGUCAUCCUAUGAUGUCACAGGUCAUAUCGCAGCAACAGAUCCCCACACGUGUCAUGCCUAAUGAAGAUCCUAGUAUUAUUGCCCAGAGGCAGGCUAUGGCCAAUCGCCCACAGACUCAAAUAAUGACUCCAGCAGGUCUUGUUAACCAGCCUGGGGCCAUAAUGCCUGGUCAGCAGGUUAUAGCAUCAGCGAAUACAGUUUUGCCUCCUCAAAUGCCCAUGGCCCAAAACCCACAGCUGCACCCUCAUCCGCACGUUGCUUUGGUGAAUCCACAACAGCAAAUGCAACAGAUGCACCCGAACUUCACAAACAUAUCCACCCCGGUUACUGCUUCACAGCAGCAACCACUGCGCAUGCCUUACGCUCCAUCUCAGAUGAACACUGUUAAACAUCAGCAGCAGCAUCCGCAGCAGCAGCAACAUCCCCAGCAGCAACAGCAGCAGCAGCAACAACAGAGUAUUCAACAGCAGCAGCAACAACAACAGAAUAAUCAGCAGCAGCAGCCCACGCCGCCACAGCCACCACAAGUAUCUCAGCCGCCGUCAUCUCAACCACAGCAAGGACCAGCAAACGUUCAGCAGUCCGUGUUGGAUGCAGCUAGUAUGGGAAGCAAAGUGAUUCGUGAUAAGAAAAUAUGGUCAGGAAUUUUAGAAUGGCCUGACAUGCCAAAACAAGGAAGCAAUGCAACCAAAGUGACGCGUUCUCUUCAAUGCAACAUGACAGUGAGUGCUGGAGAACAAGACAUUAAUGCUAGUAACUGGCCAAACAAACUAAUCAUGCAGCUAAUUCCAAUAGACUUCUUGAACCAUUUCUCAGAAUACUUUGUGAAUGCAAAGACGGUCAACUUCCACUUCACUAACACCGAUAUUGAAGCUAUGCGGAGCCUUUGUCGUAUCCUAGGAAAUUCUCUUGCUGGCUGUGUCCACAUUCCUGGUGUGCACCAGUGCGAACUGAGGGUGGUGAUGCUAAUAUACAGCAAGAAGAAAAAGUCAUUUGUCGGGCUUUUGCCUAGCGACCAAGCAGCUUUCAUCACAGGAAUUCGCCAGAUCAUUGCUGAACACAAAAAGCAAAAAGGUAUACAGCUUGGCCAGAUGGUAAUGUCAGUGCCGCAGGUCAUGCCCGCAGCUAAUCAGAUGGUUACUCAGUCAAAUGUACCACAGCCACUGACUGCCAUAUCUGCACAGAACAUGGCACCUACUUCAAUGGGAGUUGUUACCACACAGUGCAAUAGUAUGUCUGCUGUUCAAUGGAGAGAAAUAGAAUUGGCAGAUAAGAGGUUCCCAAUGAUGCCGGGAGGGAUGAGCCUCGUUGCUGGACAAGUUCAACCGCAGAUGGCUAUGGAUCAAGGCCAGACUAACAUGGCCAAAAUCCAGCAAGCCGUGAAAGCCAAGGAGAUGCAAGCCAUGGGGAAUGAACCUCCUGCAAAACGUCAAGUGAUGGAUGUUCGACAACCCUUGCUUGAUGGCUUCUACAAUGCCGGGAUGCACUCCCUACCCCAUUUUUACAGUGGUUUGUGGCAGGUUCGGCAUCAACAGCAGCAGCAGCAACAACAACAACAGCAACAACAGAACAGGAUGCCCCUGCCAUCUUCCCAAACGACCUUCAGUCAGCAACAGUUACGACACCUGCUGCAGUUGCAGCAGCAGCAGCAACAGCAGCAGCAGCAACAACAACAGCAGCAGCAGCAGCAACAGCAACAGCAGCACCAGCAGCCUAACCAACCGGCGGCACAACAAGCGGCCACCACGCAGCAGCAACACCACCACAUGCGGCAGAACCACAUGCAGAUGUUGCAGCAGCAGCAGCAGCAGCAGCAGCAGCAGCAACAGCAGCAGCAGCAACAACAGCAGCAGCAGCACCGCGUCCCGGUUUCUCAGUCGCAUAACGUGACGAUGGGCUCAGCCCCAGGGCAACAGAUGCCAGGGCCUCCUGGCAUGGCACCCCCACCUUCAGGCAUGCCUCAAACCGCAGCUACUAAAUGCUUGUCAAAUAAAAACAAGUCCCAAAAACCCAGAAACCAAAUUUAUGAAAGAAACAAUGAAAUAUGAAGCAAACCAUACAAAAAAAUACAAAGAAAAAUAUUUUAAAAUAUCAAAUAUAUAUAUACAUACAUAUAUAUAUAUAUAUAUUUCACUCUAUCAGUCAAAAGACUUUGUCUCAAAGAACUGUAACUGUAUAUUACAUAUAAGUUCAUUAAAGUAAAUUAAAGCCAAAUUAAAAACAAAUUAUAAACAGCAA